AUGCUCAUGGAGAGACGACCUUCAAGAGCUUUAUUCACUACUCCCAUAGGUAGAGCUUUAUUCACUACUCCCAUAGGUAGAGCUUUAUUCACUACUCUCAUAGGUAGAGCUUUAUUCACUACUCCCAUAGGUAGAGCUUUAUUCACUACUCCCAUAGGUAGAGCUUUAUUCACUACUCCCAUAGGUAGAGCUUUAUUCACUAGUCCCAUAGGUAGAGCUUUAUUCACUAGUCCCAUAGGUAGAGCUUUAUUCACUACUCCCAUAGGUAGAGCUUUAUUCACUACUCCCAUAGGUAGAGCUUUAUUCACUACUCCCAUAGGUAGAGCUUUAUUCACUACUCCCAUAGGUAGAGCUUUAUUCACUACUCCCAUAGGUAGAGCUUUAUUCACUACUCCCAUAGGUAGAGCUUUAUUCACUACUCCCAUAGGUAGAGCUUUAUUCACUACUCCCAUAGGUAGAGCUUUAUUCACUACUCCCAUAGGUAGAGCUUUAUUCACUACUCCCAUAGGUAGAGCUUUAUUCACUACUCCCAUAGGUAGAGCUUUAUUCACUACUCCCAUAGGUAGAGCUUUAUUCACUACUCCCAUAGGUAGAGCUUUAUUCACUACUCCCAUAGGUAAAGCUUUAUUCACUACUCCCAUAUGUAGAGCUUUAUUCACUACUCCCAUAGGUAGAGCUUUAUUCACUACUCCCAUAGGUAGAGCUUUAUUCACUACUCCCAUAGGUAGAGCUUUAUUCACUACUCCCAUAGGUAGAGCUUUAUUCACUACUCCCAUAGGUAGAGCUUUAUUCACUACUCCCAUAGGUAGAGCUUUAUUCACUACUCUCAGAGGUAGAGCUUUAUUCACUACUCCCAUAGGUAGAGCUUUAUUCACUACUCCCAUAGGUAGAGCUUUAUUCACUACUACCAUUUUUCUUUGUAGCUAAGGGUUAACUUGUGUUUGAUCAUGUUGACAUUGCAUCAUUACUUAAUUCUAGAUAUGUGUUGUACAUCAGCUUCCUUAAAUAUGAUGCUUUGUCCAAGGAUAAUUGUGUGUUUUAUCCCAAUUGAAAACCUUUUUUGUUAUUCAGUCUUCUGGCAUAUUGACAAGAUGGUUCCACAACCUAAUAAUUUCACCCCUCGGUCCUAUUUCACAGGGCUCCCAUCCCAUGUCUCCUUGAAUAGCAAGGCUUUGGGAAAACUUAUAUACUCCCAGAAAACAUCUUAUGGCUCUAUUCUGAAUGGAGUGUGGUGGACCAUUGAAUGACCCCUGCCCAUGUACAGUAUCUCUCUCUCUCUCUCUGAGGACUUGCAUCUCCUCAGGUUCACUUUGUUUAUGGUCCUUUAUGCUCCAUGAGCCGGUGUCUCAGAUAGGAUACAGAACGGCGAGACUAGCAGGUGGACAUCCUCUUGAUAUAUCAUAUUGCAGUAGAGAUAUAGUAGAGUGGCCUGUCUACCAUGCUUUUUAAUAUCAAGCAAUAAAACUACACUUCCUGGGUUAUUUACAGACUGUAAAACAUGCAUCACUGCUAAAAGCUAUGUUAAGCUAUAGCUAGCAAAUGUAAUAAUUCCUCUGCGCUGUCAUCUGGUCUGUUUCUUACAGCAGUAGGAAUCACCCAACAGAACAGUUAACGACCAGCAUGAAGCGAAACUCUCACAGCGCUAGACGCGUUCUUGUCGCAAACUCCACAAACCAAUGAAGACAAAUGUUUGCAUCUGACAGACUCCCAGAGACAACAGCCAAAACAAGACAAACAACAAGAAAUAAUAAGACAAAGCAACCAGAAGGUGGUUUGGUGAGGAGGUCUUUCCCAGCUUUGUAAGUCUAAACUCUCUGGCUGGAUUAAAAAGUUUUCAUCCACAGAACAACCAGCCGGGUCGAGUCCAUAGGGGAUCCACAGAACAACCAGCCGGGUCGAGUCCAUAGGGGAUCCACAGAACAACCAGCCGGGUCGAGUCCAUAGGGGAUCCACAGAACAACCAGCCGGGUCGAGUCCAUAGGGGAUCCACAGAACAACCAGCCGGGUCGAGUCCAUAGGGGAUCCACAGAACAACCAGCCGGGUCGAGUCCAUAGGGGAUCCACAGAACAACCAGCCGGGUCGAGUCCAUAGGGGAUCCACAGAACAACCAGCCGGGUCGAGUCCAUAGGGGAUCCACAGAACAACCAG